CUGACUUUUUUCUUCAUUUUCCUUUUGGCUCUUCUUUCUUGUUCCUUUUUACACAGAAUAACAUAGCUCUAUUUUGUCCAAAAAAUGUGACCAUAUUUCUUUGUUUUCUUCUUUCUCUUUCCUCUUCUGCAUUUCUUGUGAAAUAUUGACCAAAAGUGCUAGCAAGACACCUUUUCGGCACUGAUUUUGGAAAAAAGUUUUCACCUUUUUAUGUUUUUCUGCAUUAAAAAACAAAAUCUGUUGAUGGGUAUUUGAUAAUUUGAUCAAACAGUCACAUUUUCAAACUGGGUAUCUUUCUUUUUGGUAAAUCUUGAUGCUUUUGGCCACUAACAAGUGAAAGUUAAAAGAUUUUUUGUUAUAUUUGUGUGGGUUUCUUGAAAGAUGAUGAACAAGAGGGUAUUCUUUGGUGGGUGUUCAAUGAUUUGAAGAAAUAGUGGUUUGUUAAUUUUGGGUAAAUCUUGCUGUUUUGGGGCACACAUAGUUAAAAGUGUAGUUUUUUUUUUUUUUUUUUUUUUUUUUUUUUUUUUUUUUGGAAAAAUGAUGAGAAGGCAAAAGAGUAGUAGAGUUAAAGAUCAUGUAGGAGAAAGAGUUGUGCUUAUUGCUGUGAAAGCAUCAAGAGAAAUUUCAAGAAAUGCGUUGACUUGGGCUUUGACCCAUGUUGUUCAACCUGGUGAUUGUUGUAAAUUGUUGGUGGUCAUCCCUGCUCCCACUUCAAGUCACAAGUUAUGGACAUUUUCAAAAUUCAACAGCGAUUGCACAACGGGGCAAUGGAAAAAUCUUUCGGGCGACAGAGAUCAGAAGGACGAUAUCACUGAAGCCUGCUCUCAAAUGAUGCUUCAGCUACAUAAUAUAUAUGAUCCUGACAAAAUAAAGAUGAAGAUUAAGGUCAUUUCUGGUACCCUAUGUGGAGCAGUGGCUGCUGAAGCAAAGAAAACCCAAACACAAUGGGUUGUUUUGGAUAGGAACCUGAAAAAAGAGGCAAAAGUAUGCAUGGACGAGCUAGAAUGCAACGUCGUCGUAAUGAAAAAGACUCGACCACAAGUCCUUCGUUUAAAUUUGAUCGGAUCACCAACCAAACAACCCGAAAACAUCACUUCUUGUUCCGAAACUCCAUCAGAUUGUAGCAAACAACACGAACCUGUUUGGAACACAACAAAAGUCCCAAAUGUAACCCCCGUAAGCAGCCCUGAACGCUCAUCCGUCACCGCAAACGACCACAACACGUCUUCGUUAUCAACUUCAGACCUCGGGUUAUCCCCGUUUGUCGUAACGGAUCAUGACUGGUACACAAAAAAAGACCGGUUUAUUCUUGACGAAUAUUCCGAUUCUGAUUCGGAUACCGAAAACAUAAGCUCGUCGCCUUCGACGAGCUUAUUUUUGAGCUCAUCAGACGAGUUCCCGAAAUCUGACAACCCGGUUACAAACACACUACCUGUCAAAGUCUCCGAACUUAACUCAACCAAAAUGGUUCCAUUAACGAGACACCUGCCGUCGAAGUCUCCGUCGCUCUGUACAAUAUGUCGGCACAAGGCGCCUGUGUUCGGGAAACCACCGAAAUGUUUUGGUUAUAUGGAGCUUGAAGAGGCUACGGAUGGGUUUUCGGGGGCUAACUUUUUGGCGGAAGGUGGGUUCGGGUCUGUGCACCGAGGGGUGCUGAAAGAUGGUAGAAUGGUUGCGGUUAAACAGCAUAAGAUCGCUAGCUCGCAAGGUGAUAACGAGUUUUUCUCGGAAGUUGAUGUUUUGAGCUGCGCACAGCAUCGGAAUGUUGUGAUGUUGAUCGGGUUUUGUGUGGAGGGUGGUCGAAGGUUGCUUGUUUAUGAGUAUAUUUGCAACGGUUCUUUAGAUUCUCACCUUUACGGGCGUGAUCACGGGCUACUGGAAUGGUCAGCGCGACAAAAGAUUGCGAUUGGAGCCGCUCGAGGGUUAAGAUACCUUCAUGAAGAAUGCAGAGUAGGUUGUAUCGUUCAUCGUGAUAUGCGUCCAAAUAAUAUCCUCCUAACUCAUGAUUUCGAAGCUUUGGUCGGAGAUUUUGGACUAGCCAGGUGGCAACCAGAUGGUGAAACGGGCGUCGAAACUAGAAUAAUUGGAACGUUUGGGUACUUGGCUCCGGAAUACGCUCAAACCGGUGAAAUUACCGAAAAGGCUGACGUGUAUUCAUUCGGGGUUGUGUUGGUUGAGCUCAUUACAGGACGAAAAGCAGUUGAUAUAAACCUGCCAAAGGGCCAACAAUAUCUCACUGAAUGGGCUAGACCAUUACUUGAAGAGGGUGCCAUUACUGAGUUAAUUGACCCGCGGCUCAGGGACAGUUACUCUGAGGCUGAGGUGCGAUGCAUGUCACAUUGUGCUUCGUUGUGCAUCAGGCGGGACCCACGUUCGAGACCUAGGAUGUCUCAGGUGCUAUGGAUGUUGGACAACGAUGAUAUCAAGUGAUCGACAACCAUUUUUCGGUCCAGAAGGUUGUUAGAGGCUUAGAGCAAUAGUUUUAGACUUUUAGCAUGCAUUAUUUGCAUUUGGUGGAAUACAUGUAUAGUUGUGUGUGUGUAUAUAUAUUCUUAUUAUUUAUUUUACAAUGCAGAUCUCAUCUAUGUUUUUCUUAAACAACAUUAA